AUGUCAACGGCAAAUGUAAGCGUAAUAACAAAUAAUGCAUUACAACCGAUAGGGUCAAGUGAACGUCAGUCAGCUGCGGCAGCUACAGCUUUUGCUUCAACCUCAUCGUAUUCUCGUUGGAUUUUUAGUCAUGAACAGUUGAUGAAAGUCCCCAGUAUAAGAGAAGGCAUGACGCCAGAAGAGCUUCAUUACAGCCUAAGAGAAUCUGAAAUUCAGGAACUGAAGAGACGGCGUGUUGCAGCUAACACUAUUCAUCAAAUGGCUGACAAGUUGAAUCAUGAAUCUCGUGUUCGGAUAUCUCAACUUUGCAUUUGUGCUGCAAUGAUGCAUAUGCAUCGAUUUUUCGUCUUUCACUCCUUCUUCAAGUUUGAUCCUCGGGAUAUUGCUGCUGCAUGCCUGUUUUUAGCGGGAAAAUCAGAAGAAUGCCCUCGUAAGUUAGACCACGUAGUACGAGUGUGGUGGGCGAUUAAGUUUCCAUACUCUCAACACAUUGACCAAAGUCGUCUUCAUGAUGCUUCGCAGUUGAUUGUUACUCUGGAAAACCUUGUUCUGCAAACAAUUGCAUUCGACUUAUCUGUGGACAUCCCGCAUCCUUACGUUUUGACCCAUAUGCAGAAAUUUGCACGAGAUGCCUCAGGAAAUAGAAGAAUAUCUGAAAUAGCUUACUGGUUUGCUAGUGAUAUGCUGCAUAUGACGAAUUGGGGUGUUCGUUACACUGCAAAAUCGAUAGCUUGUGUUUGUAUUCAGAUGGCUUGCCUUUGGGCAGAAUUUGAAGUAAGUAAUGUUGGAGAUUUAUUUUUGCCCCACCACGCUAUGCUAGAUCAAAAAUCACUCGUAGACUGCCUAGAUUGGUUGCUGCUGACCGUGCAGCUUCGUAUUGUGCAAGAAGUUACAUGUGGGAAAUGCACUAUGGCAUUUCAGGGUGUUCAAUUUCAGAUUCAGACAACACCCGAUGAAGUACCAUGGUUUAAGCAAGUUGAUUCAAUGAUGACACUUGAUAAGUUGUUGAGUUCAUCCAGCAAAUCAUUUAAUUUUUCAGAAUUAACUGAGGAAUUUUCUCAUAUUUAUAAAACCUAUGGAGAGUCACUCAAUAUUAGGAAAUACGCAAUGCGUAGCUCCCAAAGAGAGAAUGGAACCCCACAAAAUCCAAAUCAACUUCAGCAACAGUCAUCAUCCCAGCAAUCGCAUCUACAGCACCAAGGGCAAAAUUUGCUUGUACCUUCGAUUGCAACUUUGCCACCGCCACCUGUAGCUCCUCAGCUUAAUACCUUUAAUGGUGGGAAAAGUACUGAGCCUGCACGACGCAUCGAUAUCAGUGAUUAUAAGCUGCGAAACAGUGGAGCACAACAUCAACCCGGUAGUUCUCAAAACCUCCCACAGACUCAACGCCGAAAUUUUAUGCGACCUGAUGUGCCAUUACAAAAUGUCAGCAGAGGAUUGGAAUUACCCCUUCUUCCAAUCAUUGCGAAUGAGAAGCAGCAGAAUCAGAACAGGGAUCAGGUUAUCUCUAAACCAGGUGAAUGUUCUAAGGUUCCGAAGCCCUCAACUCCAAAGUCAAAUGCGCAGAAGUCAUCUUCCGCUGGUAAUGUGAAACCGUUGCUAUCUGUUAAACAAUUGGGAGGCAGUGAUCUAGAAAAACACAAAAGAAUAAAGACAGAUGAUCAUGAGAAAGAUAUAAGAUUCAAAAGGAUGGAAAAAGGAAACUCAGAAGCUUCACAUCAUCGCAAAAGGACACAUGAAAACGUUAUUGUUGGUCAGCCAGAAAGUAGUUCUUCCUCGACAACAACAUCAUUAAAUAAUAUUACUCCAAAGGCUGUAACACCGAAGUCGUCGGAGCAUCUCAACUCAUCAGCUUUCUCGAACCAUGUGAUCUCAGGUAGUAGCUCAAUCUCAAGGUUACGUGAUGAAACUUCACAAUCACUUAAGAGGGAUAAUUGUGGCAAUAAUAGAUCGCGAGAAGAAGGUACUAUACGUCAGCGUGAUGAUACUGUAAUAUCAAAGAAAUCGCGACAAGUGGCUCCUUUGAAUGCACUUCUACCAACACCUCAGCCACAAAGUACUGGAUCUUUAAUGACUGGAAAUUCACAAAAUUCCAAGUAUAGUUCAUUACCUGUAUUGCAAUCGAAUCGCGCAAAUCAUAUCGGAGAAAGUACACAUAGAACUAGUGCUGCCAGCAAUUGGACUGUAACAAAUGAAUUUUAUUCUAAUUGUAUGUCCAGUGUUUCUUCCCGUCUUUCACAACCAUCGGAGUCGUCGAAUCACAGACAUUAUAUGUCAUCAAAUACAGUUCGCACAAAAUCGCGUGAACCUUUAUUAAGCACUCCCGACCCAGGAAGUUCUUAUUACAAACGUUCCCGUGCACGACCUUCUUCACCUUCAACUGCAACAACAUCCAGUAUGUACCGAUCAUCACAACGCCUUUCGAGUCCUGGGAAUCGUUCGGGAUCUGGUUAUUCAAGUAAUGGUUUCCACUACAAGAAAGGAAAUUGUUUUGAAGCACUUUUGCAUUACUUAGGAUGCUAG